AAUGAAACCCAUCCAGCUCCUUGCAAAUCAGCCAGCUUGUCUCCGGUUUCCGAAAUACUCACCCCCCGACCCGGCCCGAGUUACAUGCCUCAGAUUGCAAAACCAUCCACCACCGAUGUUAUCACCUUGCGGAGUCCACUCAAUUCUUUCACCAGCCAUUUUGGUUCGUCCUUUGGGGUGAUACCUCACCCUACCCUCAAUGGGGAAUUGGCUGCACCGAGUUCCUACAUCAGUAUCCAUCUUUCUGCAGGCCCCGGAAUCUACGGACGGUCUCCCUUGGUGGCUUUUGAAUCUCACCCACAUUUGCGGGGAUCGCCCCCCUCGGCCUCCCUCCCUGCUAUUUCCGGCAGCAAGCCGGCCUAUUCCUUCCACGUCAGCGCUGACGGGCAGAUGCAGCCGGUGCCCUUCCCUCCCGACGCCCUGAUCGGCUCCGGCAUCCCACGCCACGCCCGCCAGCUCCACACGCUCUCCCACGGCGAGGUGGUCUGUGCCGUCACCAUCAGCAAUUCCACCCAGCACGUCUACACGGGGGGCAAAGGCUGCGUCAAGGUCUGGGAUGUGGGGCAGCCGGGCACCAAGACCCCCGUGGCCCAGCUGGACUGCCUGAACCGAGACAACUACAUCCGAUCCUGCAAGCUUCUUCCUGACAGCCGCAGCCUCAUCGUUGGGGGCGAGGCCAGCACCUUGUCCAUCUGGGACCUGGCGGCCCCCACGCCCCGGAUCAAGGCCGAGCUGACCUCCUCCGCCCCGGCAUGCUACGCCCUGGCCAUCAGCCCUGACGCCAAAGUCUGCUUCUCCUGCUGCAGCGACGGCAACAUCGUGGUCUGGGAUCUGCAAAACCAAACCAUGGUUAGACAGUUCCAGGGUCACACAGAUGGGGCCAGUUGCAUUGAUAUCUCCAAUUAUGGCACUAAACUUUGGACCGGCGGUUUGGACAACACCGUCCGGUGCUGGGACCUCCGCGAAGGCCGGCAGCUGCAGCAACACGACUUCAACUCCCAG